AUGUCCAAAUUGGGCCCAAUUAGCCAUUUUCCCUCCCCAGUGUCAUGUGACUCAUUAGUGUUACAAGGUCUCAGGGGUGAAUGGGGAGCAGGUGUGUUAAAUUUGGUUGUAAUCGCUCUCAAUCUCAUACUGGUCACUGGAAGUUCAACAUGGCACCUCAUGGCAAAUAACUCUCUGAGAAUCUGAAAAAAACAAUUGUUGCUCUAUAUAAAGAUGGCCUAGGCUAUAAGAAGAUUGCCAAGACCCUGAAACUGAGCUGCAGCAUGGUGGCCAACACCAUACAGUGGUUUAACAGGACAGAUUCCACUCAGAACAGGCCUCGCCAUGGUAGACCACAGAAGGUGAGUGCACGUGCUCAGCGUCAUAUCCAGAGGUUGUCUUUGGUAAAUAAAGGUAUGAGUGCUGCCAGCAUUGCUGCAGAGGUUGAAGGGGUAGGGGGGUCAGCCUGUCAGUGCUUAGACCAUACGUCGCACACUGCAUCAAAUUGGUCUGAAUGGCUGUCAUCCCAGAAGGGA